AUGUCUUCCAGUGUCGAAACAGAUUCUACCACCGCUUUUUAUAAAAGCAAACAAUCUUCCGUGACCACUCAUCAACGUCCUGCGACAUUAAACAACUCCUCCACAACUUUACUAGACACAUCUUCCCCUCCUCCAUUGCCUUCAACAUCUUCCUCCUCCACAACUCUUUUCAGUAACCAAUCUCCAUCUCCAACCUCUUUACUAAAGGAAAAAUUAUUAUCCACCAAAAAAUCAGAAGAACAAGACCCAGAUUUCAUUGCUUCUGGUAAAUCCAUUAGAGACUAUAUCAAUACUUUCAAUUGGCAAACUGCUUACAACUUGGGCAGGUCCAAUAAUACUUUACAUUACUAUCAAUUGCCCUUCCCAUGGAGAGAGAAUCGUUACAUCAUCAAAGGUUACAGAUUCUACGAUUCAAACGUCAAAUGUCUAUUAUCUGUCGUAAACUAUUAUGGCUGGCAUAAUGAAACUUUAAACAUUUGGUCUCAUUUAGGUGGGUUUUUAACCCUUUUAUACAUUGCGGUUUUCGUAUAUCCAAACACCGAAGUCUAUCAAUCAGAGUUAAUCCCAACCACGGCCAAGAUGCUAUUAUUCGUGUUUUUAAUAGCAGGUAUGAAAUGUAUGCUUGCGUCUGUAUUUUGGCAUACUUUUGAUGGGACUUGCUCAUAUACAUUAAGACCUAAAUUUUGUUGUGUCGAUUAUACAGGUAUCACCAUCCUAAUCACCGCAUCCAUCUUAACCGCAGAAUACGUCUCCUUAUCUCACGCUCCAAUAUGGAUGUUCAUUUAUAUGUCAUUAUCGUUAGCUUUGGGUACAUUUGGUGUUUAUAUCAAUUGGUCACCAAAAUUCGAUGGACCCGAAGCUCGUCCUUUAAGAAUUAAAUUCUUCGUUACUUUAAGUGCUAUGGGUUGUCUUUCAUUUGUUCAUUUGAUUUUCACAACAUCAUUAAGACAUGCUUGUUGGUUAUUAGCACCAAUCAUUUCAAAAUCCACUAUAUGGUAUGUCAUUGGUGUCUUCUUUUAUGGUUCGUUCAUUCCAGAAAAAUAUAGAUCUGAUUAUAUCCUUGAUAAAACAAUCCCUACUUCAAAACAAUUAUCCUGUGAUUUGUCAAUCAUCACUAAGGAUAGACAUAUCCAUUUCAGAGACCAACCCACUCCAAACAAAAAUGGACCUCGUAAGACAGGGCUCAGAUCAUUGUGGUGGGUAGACUAUGUCGGUCAAAGUCAUACAAUAUGGCACAUCUUUGUCCUAUUAGGGGUCGUGGGUCAUUACAAGGCUUGUUUGGAUAUGUUUACUAAACAAUGGCUAAUCAAUUGA